AUGGAGCUUCCGAGUGCGAUCGCGGGCGCGAUGGACCGAGCGCGCGAGGCGCGCGAGCGCGCGAUCGACGCGACGACCGAGGCGUCGUCGAGGAUGGAUCGAGCGUCGAGCGACGCCGCGUUCGCGUUGGUCAAGGCGAUGGAGACGGCGAUGCGAGGAGUGAGCGAUGUCGUGGACGACGCGCGGACGCGUGGCGAAGCGGUGGUGGAGAGAGCGAGGGAGAGCGAGGAUGAGUUCUUUCGAAGCGCGAGUAAGCGGGUGGUGGAUUUCGCGCGGGCGAACCCGGUCUCGGUGGGCGGGACGGUUGCGUGCGCGGUCGCUUUGGCGCUUCCGGCGCCGCGAGCGUUAUUAUGGCGGUCGACGAUCGGGCGACUGCAGAGCGAAGAGGCUUUGUUCAAUGCGUGCGUGCGAAGGAGCGAGAGGUUGACGCUCGAAGCGGAGGCGGCGAGCGCGGAGAUUCAACGCCUGGCCGAGUCGGUGAGCGCGGCGGAGAUCGAGAUGAAGCGAGGGGCCUCGAACCUGCGUGCGGCGGCGAGGGAACUUCGCGCAAUCGAGUCCAAGACGUACGGGAUGGAUAGCAAGGCGUCGUCGCUUUUGAACGACCUGCGCGUGCUGCCGAGCGCCGAGGCGGCGGCGCUGCAAGAGCAGGUCGCCGGCACCACGGAUACGGUUGCCGCCCAUCGCUCCGCCGCUCUCAAAGUGUUGAAGAAAAUCUUUAAGAGCGGGAUCGAGGUGUGA